CGCCCCCACUUCCGCUCCUGCGCAUUGGAGCUGUAGGGGAACCACGCUGCCUGGAGGACAUGGCUGCUUCCAGGUUACCCCCGGCGACUCUAACACUAAAGCAGUUCAUGAGAAGGCAACAAGUUCUACUUCUCUACAGAAGGAUUUUGCAAGCAAUUCGGCAAGUUCCAAAUGAUUCUGAUCGCAAAUACCUUAAGGACUGGGCAAGGGAAGAAUUCAAAAGAAACAAAGGUGCCACCGAAGAGGAUACAAUCCGGAUGAUGAUUACUCAAGGCAAUAUGCAGCUCAAGGAGUUAGAAAAAACUCUUGCUUUGGCAAAAUCUUAACUGUAGCAUUAUCCUGAAAGAUUUUCAAAGUCUCCAUGUAUAUUGUUGAGCUGAUUCGACUCCAUGAUAGACAGCCUAACACCAAGUCAAACUGUACAGUACUUGGGAAAAUACAGGACAUGGAGCAUGGCAUGUCAAAGAAAAACACAUCAGAACAAUUGCCUUAACACUGAAAAAUAUACUUUGUAUUCUGAAAAUGUUUUUGGAUAUGUCAGCAGUUUAAGCAGCAAAAACCAGUACAGGUGGUCAGUGCAGAAGGUGAUCCCUACCAUUAACUAUCUGGGAAAUGCAAGUCUAAACCACACUGAGACACUACCAUAUCAGCUGAAAUAACUAAUUAAAAAGAUAAUAACAAAUGGUGGUAGAGAUACAGGAAAACUGAACCUCUCACACAUUGCUGUGGGAAUAGAAAAUGGCACAGCCACUUUGGAAAACAGACUGUCAGCUGCUUAAGAGAGUAAAUUCGACAGUUCUGUUCCUAGGUCUGUAACCAAGAGAACUGAAAACCUUUCUACAAAAAAACUUGUACAGGAAUAUUCACAGCAGCAUCAUUCAUACCAGCCAAAAAAUAGAAGCAAUCCCAAUGCCCAUCAACCGAUAAUAAAUAUGAUGCCUAUAGAUUUAGUAAUAAAAAGGAAUUAAGUACUGAUACAUGCUACACAUGGAUGAACCCUGAGACCAGUCUCAGAAAACCACUUAUUGUAGGAUUCCAUUUACAUGAAAUGUCUGAAAGAGACAGAAAGAGGUGGUUGCUCAGGGCUGUGGAUAGCCUGGAGAGGAAUUUAAUGGAUAUGGGGUUCCUGUUCUGGGUAAUGAAAGCACUCUAAAGUUAGAUUGUGGUGUUAGAUGCACAACUCAAUAUACUCAAGUCCAACGAAUUGUACAUUUUGCAUGUAUGGUAUGUGAAUUCUGCUUCAACAAAGCUAGGUUUUUCUGAUUUUUUUUUUUUUUUUUUACUGAUAUACAGCAGUACUAUGCGUCAAUUAAAUAAGUCAAUAAAGCUGUUUUAAGAAGCAGUAGGAGAUUUAUGAUUGGAAGCAUACUGACCUCAGGAGAUACCCUGGACCUUUCUUGAAAAAAGUCCUUCUGUGUUACCCCUCAGGGUUGUUGAGGUAGGUUCUUCAGAUGUGUUAUGAUCUCAUAGCAGAGGACUCUCCGAAAAGUCACCACUGGGAAUCUAGAUCUUUGUUGGAAAGAGGAGAGAGAGAAGCCUCAUGAACACAUUGAAGCACUUAACCAAAAAGAAGAGACAACUUCUGGAUGAAACUAAUGCAAUUACCUUAGCAUCCACAAAGAAAGAAGUAAAAGGAUCAGAGAAUAUCCUUGGUGCAUUAGGUUCUCCUCCAGUGACAGGAAGAGAAAGAGUUUUAAGAAUACAUUGAAGACAAGAAAUUGACCUGAGCACAUUUUGAGAGCAAAAUGUGUAACACAGUUUAGUGAAAGCUUAUGGGAGAGGCUGGAUUGACAGUCCUGCAGACUGACCUCUGUUCAUUUACAGAACAGAUCUAAAAAAUUAAUCCAAGAACCUGACCAACACCUGGAAAAUGUAGGACAAAUUUUGCAGAAUGGUUACCUAGUACUGGAUUGUGUGCCAAAGGCAAGAGAAGCAGAUAGUGGCAUUUGUCAAUGACUUACAUUAUUGCCAGGGUCCACCUGACCCUUCCAUAACCUCAACGCCUGCAAGACAAAAUCAUUCUUCAACAGGGUAAUCGAAUUCAAAAUGCAUGAGCUAAUUAUCAGGUUUGUAUAUAGGUGUACACAUUAGUCAACCUAUCACAAGGCCAUGUGAUGAACCAGAAGCACUCGUGAAGUUUCUAAACACAGAAUACUUUUCUUUGUACAGCAUGAUAUACACACUCAAGUUAGGCUGUCUCUAAUAAAUCUAAGAUCUUGACACUAAAAAUCAUCCUUUUAUGAGGUGUAGAAGUCAGUGACCUGGGUGACGUUUUUACUAGCACUGGUGUAUGUCAAAGAUGUAAGUGCAUUUGUGGUUUAAAUUUGCAAGAUGCAAAAAUGCCAAGAAAAUCUAA